AUGCUGAUGCGUCUUUUGACAUUCUACCAAGUGAUGCCACAAUUUCUAGACUUUCUCUACGUGUAUGGAUCACCUCAUGGCGAAGAUAAGAACCUUCGCUUCAGUGGCUUCAGAACCGAAAAGGUUCUCAUAAAUCCUGUGCCAGGGACAUGCAUUCCAGACAUGGGCCGCAGCGGCAGAAGAUUUCAACUUUGCUACAAUCUUAAAACGGUAGGGCUCAAGUUUGAGCAACCAGAUCAGGAGGUUGAUAAGAUCUGGAAAAUCAGGCAAGCGGCCAUUCACCAUCAAUUCGACAUUGGAUCCGGCGUUCAGACAUGGAUCAUUGGAGAUCCGCAUGCAGCCGUCAAAGGCCGUGUUCAGGAGCUUUUCCAUGAGAGUCGGGAACAUUCCGCCAAAUUUGGGACAGUAGAGCAGUCUCUACUCUCAUCUCUAGAGGUACAUCUUGCUCUGGCCAGAUGGGCAACAUCAGAAUGGAGAUGGAAUGUGCAGUCACUUGAAGAAAUCAUUGACAAUCUGACUCUCAAGAUCGUUUACAUACAAAAGUCUGACUUGGAGACACUUGAUUCUGAAUCUCUGGGAAACGUCCAAGAGUGGGAAGACAAAACCAACGAGACCAUCAUGGUAAUGGGGUCGAAUGCUGAUAUCUUGACAUUGCUGAGGAAGUUCUACAAAGAACUCGUCGAAGAUCAGAAUUUUCCGAGCCGUGAACUCAAAGCCUGCAAACAAGCUGUGAACGAUUUCGCGUUUCAACUCGACGAGAUCAUAUACGACACCCAAAUGCAAAUCUCCAGGGCCAAGGUUUUGGUUAAAAUAGUGGCAGACAGGAAGGCAAUUCUCAUUCAACACCUUCAGACGCAGGCUGCCUUGGUUGCAUCGAAGCUCACAGCAAGCAUGUAUGACCAAGCCGAUCGUAGUGCCAUGGAAGCAAUUGCCAUGCGUAUCGUGACAGUCGUCACGCUUAUCUACCUUCCAGCAACAUUUUCAAGUACCUUCUUCAGCACCGAUGUUGUAAAAUACGAAGAUGGAGUCAAAUUCUCUAAGGUUGCGUUUGAGAGAUUCCUUCAAGUUACCAUCCCAUUGAUGGUGAUCACGUUUCUUCUUGCAGGGGGUUGGUUCUGGUGGGAAUGGCAAAAAAGAUCACGAAGCUCUAUGGCAACCAGGAAUGCGAACCCAAGCGUCUUCCCACUACAUGAACUUGUGUCUGCAAAGGGACCCCUAUGA